GUGGGAGGGGCGCUUCCCACAGGGAGCCAGAGAAUGGAACUGUGAGCCUAAAAGAGAGGGGCAGGUGAAGGGGGCAGGGUGGUACCCUAAGAGAAAGGGGGGAAGGAAGAUGCAGCUCACUCGCUGCUGCUUCGUGUUCCUGGUGCAGGGCAGCCUUUAUCUGGUCAUCUGUGGCCAAGAUGAUUCCCCCCAUGGCUCUGAUGACCCUGAACAUGAUGAUGCUGAGGGACAACCUCGGUCCCGGGUGCCUCGGAAACGGGGACAUCUCUCCCCUAAGUCCCGUCAGACCAGCUCCACACUCCUUGGGCUGCUGGCCCCACCAGGAGAGUCAUGGGGGGAUCCAGGGCAGCCCCCUGCCCAUACCCACCAUAGCGCUGCAUCUCCUGCCAAACUGAAAAAAAUAUUUGGCUGGGGCGACUUCUAUUCCAACAUCAAGACAGUGGCACUGAAUCUACUGGUUACAGGGAAGAUUGUGGACCAUGGCAAUGGUACCUUCAGUGUCCACUUCCAACAUAAUGCCACUGGCCAAGGGAACAUCUCAGUCAGCCUAGUGCCCCCCAGCAAGGCUGUGGAGUUCCACCAAGAGCAGCAGAUCUUCAUCGAAGCCAAAGCAUCCAAGAGUUUCAAUUGCCGGGUGGAGUGGGAGAAGGUGGAUCGGGGCCGGCGGACCUCACUCUGCACUCAUGACCCUGCCAAAACCUGCUCGCGGGACCACACACAGAGCUCAGCUACCUGGAACUGCUCCAAGCCCUUCAAGGUCAUCUGUAUCUAUAUCGCCUUUUACAGCACAGACUAUCGGCUGGUCCAGAAGGUGUGCCCAGACUACAACUACCAUAGUGAUGCCCCCUACUAUCCUUCUGGGUGAUGCCCUGGGUGGGUAGAGGGGAGGACCUUCAGGGACCUUCCCUCCCUCCACCAGGGGCCGAAGGGGACCGUACCACCAGAGGAAGAGGAGACCUAGGGGGCACAGGGUGGGAAAGAGACUGGAUUUCCAGGCAGGAAGAGAAAGUGAAAGCAAAAUUGUGGGGUAUGAUCAGAGUAAAGUCAAGGGAGAAGGAAAGGGAAGAAAGCUUUGUAGUGGGAACUAUUGAGUAACCUUAAACAUGUGAAAUUGAGAAGGGAUAGGUUCUAGGUAACUGAGCCUCACAGGAGACUGAGUUGUGGGUAGACAUUGAGUUCUAGGGUUCUGAGGGGAGUGGGUUAGAGAAGCCUCCGGCAAAGAUCUAGAGUCAAAUAUCUCUAGGGAUCAAAUGAUGUAGAGGCACCUAGAACCUUAGUUCCUUGGCCACUGUACUCAAGAAGAGACAGAUAUGGGGUGGUGAAUAUCUUCAGAGAAAAUACCAAGUUGGAAGGGCUCAGGAAAGUUUGCAGUCAGGAGAAGGGCAUUUCUAACAGCCUGGGUGGAAACACUGGAGAUGAAUUUGGAUUAGAACAAACACCCAUCUUAGUGGUUGAGAAUUGUCAGCACCUAGUCCUUGAAGGUCAGUAGAGUGAAGUGGGAGGGAUAACCAUCAAUCAUCAAGAUCUCAGUUAAUGGAGGACCCUCCCUGCCAUAUCCUUCAUCUUUAAGAGCCACUCUCUCAUGCUAAUAAGGAUCUCUAAGGGGAGCCUACAUCCCACUCUCAUAUAAUGUUGGGAGGCAUACUCUGGUGGGAUAGGCUUUGUGAGAGUGUGGGAGGAGAGUCUUCUAAUCCCAGCAAAAGGUUCACCGGGAACAGAUGGAAAGACAUUCUAACAUUGCACUGUUAAUGAACUCUUCUUCUCUGCCCCACUCCCCAUGCCUCCUAAGUCUCCCCCUUCUGUAUUGGGUAUGUUUCCCCAAAGGAGUAAGCUUGGGAGGGAAGACAGAACACCUGAAUCCCCUCUGCAACCUUUGCUUCCUCCACCCCCAGAUGGCUCUAAGGGGUUGCCAGUUACUUCAGAAGAAGCAAGACUGAAUGAGACAGAGGGCACUGGGUCUCUGUUUCAGAUGUUCUGUGGUGUCUGUAUGGGGGGGGAGGGUUAUGGUGGGA